GGCACGAAACUCUUCCUCACCGCCGUCGUCCUCCUCCUCCUCCUCCUCCUCGGUGGAUGGAGGGAUGCUGAACGGCAGCUCUUCUUCUCCUUCUUUAUCACCAUCCUCAUCCUCACCUGGAGCUCAGGGAGGAAGCAUCAUCACCUUCAUCCUCAGCUCCAGCGGCUCCGAAAAAAGUUGCGGAGGAUCCGGUGUAAUAACGGAGCACCGGAGAGGAGCUCCAGCUCCGGGAGAAUCCGCAUGCGCUCCACGGAAUCGGUUUUAACGGACUCCCGGUGAUUCCAUCCGUCGGUGUGAGCCGGAGCUGGUCCGCGGGCAUUAACGGGAGCUCCGGUGGUUCAAAGUGAUCGGUAACGGAUUUUCUGACGGUUGACAACUCCUCCCGCUCCUCCAGGGACCGGGGUUUACCGGAUUAUUUUGAGGGUGGUAACGGAUCUCGGGACGGUCCCGGUCGGUUUACGCGCAGAUUGGACGUGGUCACCGGGGGGUGAGAAAAAAAAAGCGCGGUUUAUUCUCGGGACUCAGAAUAACGGAUCAGCGGGAGGGUCCAGAGGAGGGAAGUUACCGGAGAACCGGAGGAGUUGAUCUGGGAUUGAUUGUUGGAUUUUAAAAAAACAACGUUUUCUUCUUCUCUGCUCCGAUUAAUCGAUGCGUUCCGGGCUCAUCGAUCAAGUUUAAUCCACUUUUCCUCCCGAGCUGAAGCGUCUCCUCCACGGCGGAAUAAAACCUCCACGCUGCCCGUGAAAUAUCCACUCAACCUCCCCACGGAGAAACCAGGAGACAUCCAGUUAUUAGGCAGCAGCUUUUUAAUUAGAAAACUGAGAUUAGCUCUUCUCAUUCUAUACAAAAACUAAAUUCAUAUCAUUGAAAUAUUUAAAUUUAAUCAAAAAUUAGCAAAAAAUGCUGCAGAUUGAAGCAAAACUUUUUGAAACAUUGGCUGUAAUUUGACUCCUUAAAUGAUAUCUAGUUAUAAUAAAUUAUAAUACUAACCUGUACAGGGUUUAAUCUCCUCUAUAAAUCCCAGAGGAGUUUAUUAUUUGUGCAGAACUAAUGAACUUUAAACGCUUCCAUCCAUGUGAUGAUGAGCUGACGGUUUGAGGAUCGUUCAUAAUCUGAGAGGAAUCCAGUUAAUCUGUUCAUUUAUUUCUGUAUCUACUGAUCCUCCGGUCUGUCUGUGGUGGAUCAUGGUUGAGCUGAUUCACCGGUGAAAGUCUAUGGAUGCUACGCUCACUGUAUAGCCACACUCUCAACAGCAAACCACCACCUCCUCCUCCACCUCCUCCUCCUCCUCCUCCUCCCCCAGUCUUGAAAUCGAGCCAUGCAGCAUUGAUUUUUCGUCUUCUUCUCCUCCUCACCGCAAAACCAGAAGGCACACGAGCAUCUCACCCCGUCCCGGUUUGUCAGGUUCGUUGCCUGAAAUGUGAGACGUGCGGCGGCGGCGGCGUUGAUUUUCCACCUGGAGGACGAGCGCAGCCCCAGAGGUCAGAGGUCAGAAGAAUCUCCAGGCUGCGUCGUGAGGUCUGACCUCAGCAUAGAUGCCGACUCUGAACCUGCAGCUCGCUUCUUCUCUGCUGCUACACUGACGGUUUGAAGACAGAAUGGGACUAAACGACAGCAGCCCGGGCGCCAUACGCAACGGCCGCGGCCUCUCGGACCAGUGGGCCGAGUCGGUGGUGGUCCGGCCUCGAACCACCGAGCGCCACAUCACGGUGCACAAGCGCCUGGUCCUGGGCUUCGCUCUGUCCAUCCUCACCCUCAUCGUGGUGACGGCGGUGGCCGUGGCGCUCAGCGUCCGCUUCGAGGAGUGCGCCAACGGGCGGGACGGCGACGGGCCCGCCGCCGGCUCCAGAGGCUCGGCCCGGUUGAACGGGAGCCGGGGCGAGAGGACGGGGGACAGAGGGGAUGAGGAGGCCGUCCAGCCCUGGAGGAACUCCCGGCUGCCGGGCUCGGUGCGGCCGAGGCACUACGACCUGAAGCUCGCCGUCUACAUGGACAACUUCACCUUCUCCGGGGAGGUCAGCAUCGAGCUGGAGUGCGUCAACGCCACCCGGUUCAUCGUGCUGCACGCGGAUCGUCUAGAGGUGGACCGAGUGUCCGUCAUGGCCGAGGGUGGCGGCGGCGGGGGCCGUCCCGCCAGCCGUCCAGGGGGCGGGGUCAUGCGCGUCCACCGCCACUUCCCGUACGCGGCCAACCAGAUGUACGUGGUGGCGCUGCACCGCGAGCUGAAGCCGGCCAGGACGUACCGGCUGAACGUGAGCUUCGACGCCGCCAUCGAGGACGAGCUGCUGGGCUUCUUCAGGAGCUCCUACACCCUGCACCGAGAGAAACGCUUCCUGGCAGUGACCCAGUUCAGUCCCAUCCACGCCCGUAAGGCCUUUCCUUGCUUCGACGAGCCCGUCUACAAGGCCACGUUCUCCCUCGCCCUCCGCCACGACCCCCAGUACACCUCCCUGUCCAACAUGCCCGUGGAGAGCAGCUCGCUGGCGGACGAGGACGGCUGGGUGACCAACCACUUCGCCCGGACGCCCCGCAUGUCCACCUACUACCUGGCCUGGGCCGUCUGCAACUUCACCUACAGGGAGACGCAGAGCGACAGCGGCGUGGAGAUCCGUCUGUACGCUCGGCCUGACGCCAUCGCCAGCGGAGCCGGAGACUACGCUCUGCACAUCACCAAGAGGCUGCUGGGAUUUUACCAGGACUACUUUAAAGUCAAGUACUCGCUGCCUAAGCUAGAUUUGCUGGCCGUGCCCAAACACCCGUACGCCGCCAUGGAGAACUGGGGCCUGAGCGUCUUCGUGGAGCAGAAGAUCCUGCUGGACGCUGAGGUGUCGUCGUCGUCCUACCAGAUGGAGCUCACCAUGGUGGUCGUCCACGAGAUCUGUCACCAGUGGUUCGGGGACCUGGUGACCCCGGUCUGGUGGGAGGACGUCUGGUUAAAGGAAGGCUUCGCUCAUUUCUUCGAGUACGUCGGCACCGACUUCCUCUUCCCAAAGUGGAACAUGGAGAAGCAGCGCUUCCUGACCGACGUCCUCCAUGAAGUCAUGCUCCUGGACGGACUCAGCUCCUCCCACCCCAUCUCCCAGGAGGUGGAACAGGCCACGGACAUCGACCGGGUCUUCGACUGGAUCGCCUACAAGAAAGGGGCAGCACUGAUCCGGAUGCUGGCAAACGUGAUGGGACAGCCGCUGUUCCAGAAAGGCCUCAACGAUUAUCUGCAGAGUCACAUGUACGGCAACGCAGCCAGAGAAGACCUGUGGAUGAAGCUGUCACAGGCCAUGCGUUCAGAGGGGCGGGACAUCGACAUCGGAGAGAUGAUGGACAGGUGGACUCUGCAGAUGGGCUACCCCGUCGUCACCAUCAGCAAGGACCAAUCAGAGCAGCUCCCCACUCAUUACAUCACUGUCAGCCAGGAGCACUUCCUGUACGGACAGGAAGUCAGAAAAAACAACAGUUUGCAGUGGCAGGUUCCACUGACGGUCGCCGUGGGCAACGCGUCGGCCGUUUGCUCCGAGAGUCUGAUCUGGAUCAACAACAGGACAGAAACCCACAGGAUUGGUCAGAUGGGCGACAGCACCUGGUUGCUAGGCAACAUCAAUCAGACCGGCUACUUCCGCGUGAACUACGACCUCCAGAACUGGAAGCUGCUCAUCCAGCAGCUCCUCACCAACCCUCAGAUCAUCUCAGUGGGAAACAGGGCAGGACUCAUCGACGACGCCUUCAACCUGGCCAGGGCCGGGUACAUCCCACAGGGCGUUCCCUUGCAGCUGAUUGGCUACCUCCCCGAGGAGACGUCCUUCCUUCCGUGGCACGCCGCCAGCCGCUCCCUCUACCAGCUGGACAAACUCCUGGACCGCUCGGACGAAUACCGGCUGUUCAGCGACUAUGUGCUGAAGCAGGUCGCCUCACGGUACCAUCAGAUGGGUUGGCCAACCAAUGUCCCCGGGUCCGAGGGCAACGUCAUGCAAGCGUCCUACCAGACAGAGGAGCUGCAGAGGGAGCUCAUCAUGUUAGCUUGCAGCUUCGGGAACAAACAGUGCCACCGUCAGGCCGUCGCCUACAUCUCCGACUGGAUCUCCAGCAACAAGAACCGGAUUCCUCCCAACAUCCGGGACAUCGUUUACUGCACCGGCGUCAGCCUGAUGGACGAGGACGUGUGGGAGUUCAUCUGGAUGAAGUUCCACUCGUCCAACGCCGUUUCAGAGAAGAAGAUCCUGCUGGAGGCCCUGACCUGCUCGGACAACACCUUCCUCCUCAACAGGUUACUGAACCUGUCCCUGACCUCUGACCUGGUCCCGGAGCAGGACGUGAUCGACGUCAUCAUCCACGUGGGCAGGAACCCGCAGGGUCGGAACCUGGCCUGGAAGUACUUCAGGGAAAAGUGGGACGUCCUGAACUCGCGGUACGGCGAGGCGUUGUUCAUGAAUUCCAAGCUCAUCAGCGGAGUCACAGAGUUCCUGAACACGGAAAAAGAACUGAAUGAGUUGAAGGAGUUCAUCCAGUCCAGCGGCGUGGGGGCGGGGCCUGCGUUGCCACGGGCGCUCGAGAUCGUCGAGGGCAACGUGCACUGGCACCGCGUCCACCGGCGGCAGUUCUACCAGUGGCUACGCAAACCUCCAAACCCCGCCCUCGGCUAAAGCCACGCCCCUGCCAGCUGGAGGGAAGGGACUGCAAACUGACUGCUAAGCUAAUGCUAAUGCAAUGCUAGCUCACAGAUGCAGUCAGAGAAGAACAGAAAAUAUAUAUAUAUAUAUAACGGAGUGAAGAGGAAGACGAGCAUGGCUGGUUGUUCAGCUGAUUUGUUGACGGUUUAGUUUUUGAAGAUAUUUUGACGUUUUUAGUUCAGACUGAUUCUUUGUUGCUCACUCAACACGUGGCUUAAACUGGUUUCUGUGCUGUGAAGGACAAACUUAGAUGCAAGCUAGCUAGCAGCUAGCAUCGAGCUACUUCUACAGAGGGAAGAAUCAGAUGUUUGAUGGACGGCUGAAUUUAAACUAAAACUCAAAAUUUCCAAACAAAAUCCGAACAUAAAGUCAUUUUAUCAAGCAAAAUACUUACCUGUCUUUGUUCCCAUUGUUCUGUAUAUUAAUUUAACUCAUAGCUCCCUGUUUCCAAUGCUAACCUGCUAAUUCUUCCACUUCACAGCCGUAAGUGGAGGUUUUCAGUCAGUUUGUGGUUGUUUAGAACUUUCCUACUCUCCUAAAACAUUAUGACUCACACUCUAAUAAUAAUAAUAACAAUGAUAAACUUUAUUUGUGUAGCACCUUUCACAGAUAAAAAAAAACAAUAAAAUGAGAAAUAGAAAUAAAGGGAUCAAUACAAAACAUUAAUUAAAACAUCAAUGUAAUGAACAAUACAAAAAGCUGUGCAAAAACCAAUAAAAGACCUAAGGCACAAUUAAAAAAUGAGGUAAAAACAGUUACUCAGCCUGAAGCCUCUCUAAAUAAAAUGUUUUCUGUCCAUCUCUAGCUGCUCUUGUUUCAGGUCUGAACCCAAACACAAUCUUUAAUUGUCCAAAAUGCAUCUUAAAGCAGCCAUGAGAUACCAAACCAUAAAAACCAAAACGCUGUGAGAGGAACUGGCUGCGUCUUUAAUUUCUUUUAAUUUGGCUAAUUAAAAAUGAAACUCAAGUCUCGGCUCUGAUCCAAAUCUUUGCCAACCAAAGAUUCAGAGCAGUUUGAGUGGGACCUUCCCGUGGUGACGGUUUCAAAGCCGCUGACAGCGGAAGGCGGAUGUACCAGCAGUCCAUCAUCGAACAGAGUCGUAAUUAACGCUGCACGAGUGCUGAGUCCUCUGAUCACGGCUCUCAGACGACUCAUUCACUCAGCAACAGCUUUAAGAGCUUCGUUUGUUUGUUGUUUCGUGAUCAGAAACUCCAGCAGUUUGGAAAAUAUCCGCGUCUUUGAAAGGCUUCAGAAACUCACCAUGUGAAUCUAACAGACAGAAAACACCAUGUGUGUCGGAUUAAUUAUUCACUGAUGAGCAGUCAUGCUACGAUCUGUUUUAUUCUGUUUUUAAGGUGUAAGAUAUUCAUGGAAAAUCUGUUCCUACAAAGGUAUAAUGCAGUUUUAAUUUGACAGAAUAACACCUCUGAAAAAAACACAAAGGUCACAAGUUUCCCUUUUUCCAGUCUCUCGUUUCAUAAGUAUAUGAAUUAACAUAGUUUUAGAGGAAUGGAGAUGGAAGCUAAAUUAAAAUUAACGAAAAAAAAAAAACCUUUCAUUACAGAAUCUUUAGCCAUGACUACUCAAUUUAUUGCAGUUUUAAUUUAACUGGAGAAUAUUUCACACUAUAAAAUACAUUUUUACAAUGCCAAGACUGAAAUUGCAGAAAUUAAACAUAGCAUUAAAUAAAAAGUUGAAUUAACCCCUUUCUGUCUGUAAUAUAUCAACUAGACUUUAACAACGUGUAUUUAUUGCUUAAUAACUUCACAUCUUAGAACAGUUUUCAAUGGCUUAAACCAAAUAACUCGUAUGUAUAACCAUGAAUAUGUGUCUCUAACGCUCCUGAAAAUGUCCCAGUGCACCACAUUUCCUGCAGAUUUAUAAAAGGUGCAGUUAGUCGUGAUGAAAAUAAAGUUGGGAUUGGAAGUUACUUACUAUCAGUACAAAACUAUAAACUUAAUUCAUGUGUAUCCAAAGCGUUGAUGCGUCACAGAAAGGACUUAACUCACUUUAAAUCUGUCGCCCAAUAAAACCCUCUACAGAUGAGAAAACAAUGACCAAAUCAAAAUUUAUCUCUGGAGUUUCACAAAGCACAAAACCAGAGAAGUCGUUUUGGAGGAAGCACAUGAGCCUCAGUUGCUGGACCAAUAUCUUUUUCUUUUUUUUCUUUUUUUUUGGUUAGAUUUCAGUCAACCCUUUAUUUCUCUUUCCCCAAAUCAUUAAUGAGUGAACUCAAAGUGUAGGAUUGUUGAAAAAAAAAAAAAAAAAAAAAAAAAAUGGGGAAGUGAAAUGUUCGUUGAGACCGGCUUAAAGGAAUGUGUUUAGUGUCACUAUAUGCAGACGAUGUGGCUUUUAAGACGGUUACAUGAUGAUUAUCUUAACAAGACGUUUAAGGGGUUGGACUUGACCUGACGGACGUUGGAAGGUUUUCAGUUCUGCAGAGUGAUCCUUUCCUGGUGCAACGGAUUCUUCAAAGAACUUUUCCUCUUUCUUUUUUUUUUUUUUUGGUUUGUACAGUGAUAAAUUCUUUGGAAGAGAUUUUUAUGGUGUCGCUGACAGCUUGCUCUCUGCAGUCAGAUGGAUUUUAAAUUGCCACACUGAAGAGCAAAAUAAAUGUCCACAGUUUGACAAAUCUGGGAAAUGGAAAAUGUGACGGUCUCCUCAGAUCAAUGGAUUUUCUGUCAGCAUGGAUUGUACAGUGUAACGGGCGAUGCUAAGGAGUCUCGGAGCAUGACAGAUCCGACAGAUACAAAGGAUUUUCCAGUGUGUGAAGUUACUCAUUGAGAGUUUAAACCGUAAACGAUGCAGAUGUUUGACUAAACUGUGGAGACGGAAGUAAAAUACGCCUCUGGACGGAUCUUUGUGACUUUUAAGGAUUUCGGAGCGGAUCGGUUAAAAUGUUGAUGGGACGUUUCUGAAGCUGUUCCUCUCCUGUUAGAUCCAGCUUUGAUGUUAAUAUUUGAGCCAUAUAUGAAUUAAUGGGCCUGCCUGCUUCUAUACACUGUGUGUCCAGUGAUGUGUGUGUGCGUGCGCGAUUGUGAGUGUGUGAUGAAGAUGAGGUUGAAGAUAACUUGUACCAAUGAUGAUUAAAAUCACAAUUAAAAUGAAGAUAAUUUUGAUCAGGACUGAGGACGAUGGUCGAAUCGGUAACGAUGGAUGUCGACGAUGUGAAAAAGGCUAAUUAGUAUUAUUAUAAUUAUUAUUACGCUAAUUAUUCAAUGCAUUUUGAACCUUUAUUGUCCAGUCAGGGAAAUUUGGUUUACAGACAUCAAUCACAUCAACGAAUCUGCCCCAUGUACAAUAAACACUGUAAAUGAUAUUAAUGUGAUAUUUAACAUUGAAACGUGGAAGUUGAAGAUGUUUAUGUUGAUGAAAGUGGUUUUCAGGAUCAAAAUGAUGAUGAGAAGGAGGAGGGCGAUGAUGACGAUGGCUUAGGACCAAUAUUUAAAGGAAACAGGAAGUCACAGAGAAGACUCUAACCCCUGCUUCCUGUUUACACUCUUUGGUUACUUGUGUUUUCUGAUUGGACAAUAUUAAAAAAAAUGGUUAACCUUG